CUCCUCAGCUCCUUCACAUUACAGCGACCGGCUGCUGGGAGACUCAACGCUUCGUAUUAACUUCCAAGAUUUCCCGAGAUUUGUUUCAUCUCGAUGCGGUUUUCGUUCAUAUCCAUACGAACGACUGCACGAUCUGCCGUCACCGGAGCAACACACAGGAACGCGUUGAGUUGACUGAAGAUCGCGUUCACGCCUCGGCGUUAUUUUGCAGGACAUUCACAUGUUUAAAGAUACAAAGGACGAGGUGGAUACACGGACUGAGAUCAGACUUCAGUCGCUGGACAUCGAUGUCAUUUAAACCACCAGCCGAAUAAAAUCGGACGUCUCCGAUGGGUCUGUAAACGAAGUGGCCUGCGGGACUUGUUUUAGUAGGUGGAUUUUUAAAAGCAUACGGUAUCGGAGUGUGAAAAUUGGGACAAGUCGACCUACUCCCCUCACAAAGAGGGUCCACGCAGCGGAGCUGAACAGCAUGCUGUUGCACUGUGUGCUUUUAGCAAAACUGACACACAUUUUUGCGUGUAGAUAAAAGGCGAAGAAUCGCGUGCUUGUGUUUUAUAACGAUACAGACCGCAAUUAAAUCAGCGCAGAAAGUUUAAAAUCAUUAACCUUAAACUUUUUUCAAUCAGACAUUUAGCUAUCUAUAUGCUAACAUAUUGAAGCCUCGUUUAUCAAAUAGUUGGUUUUCCCCAUCUAUCACACUUCACUAGACAGUUUUCUUCAUCUUCUAUUGAAAGUUAAGUUUCUGCCAUGGCUUGUUAGCUGUUCGCUGUCCUGUGACGACUCCCACCGCGAGAUUCUUCAUUCCUGAUGGGUACAAGUGCCAGCUGACGACUCCCAAACCCUACACAGUUUACCCGAAUUUGUAAACAUUUAUCUAAAGUAAGGAUGGAGUUCUUCUCCAGGAAUGUGGCCACGCUCUGGAUUAUCCUACUGGAGUUUCUGUUCAAAACACUGGCGGAGGAAGAGGUCCUGAUGAACACUAAAGCAGAGACGUCGGAUCUGAAGUGGACGACGAACUCUCAAACCAGACCUGAGUGGGAGGAGAUAAGCGGUCUGGAUGAAGAGAACAACAGCGUUAGGACCUAUCAGAUAUGUCAGAACGACGGCUCCACCAGUAAUUGGCUGCGCAGUAAACUGAUCGAGCGGCGAGGGGCGUCGCAGGUGUACGUGGAGCUGCGGUUCACCAUGAUCGAGUGCUCGUCGCGGAGCACGCCGCACCGGACCUGCAAAGAAACCUUUAACUUGUACUAUUACCAAACUGACACAGAUGACGCCACCCCUACUUACCCUGCAUGGAUGGAGAACCCUUACACCAAGGUCGACACCGUGGCUGCCGACUUCCUCCUUCGUAAAGGCGGAGAUAGGAAGUUUAACGUGAAAACGUUGCGAUUGGGCCCUCUGACCAAGCGUGGAUUUUACUUAGCGUUCCAAGCCCAGGGCGCGUGCAUGGCUCUUCUAUCAGUGCGUGUCUUCUUUAAAAAGUGCCCCGCUCUCACGCGCUCACUAUCCGUCUUCCCCGAGACGGUGCCACGGUCGCUGGUCCAGGAGGCGGUGGGCCAAUGUGUGCCAAAUGCUGCUCAGCCUGGACCCAAUCCCAGACCGCCCAAGAUGUUCUGUGGAGAAGAUGGACAGUGGGUAGACCAACCCACCACCACCUGCACAUGCCAGCCGGGAUUUGAGGCCAACCGUGGAGAACUGGAGUGUAAAGCGUGUCCUGCGGGUCAUUUCAAGAUGGGUUCUGGUCCAGGCCCGUGUAUAGCGUGUCCUGAUUCCAGUCACACAGGAGAGAUGGGGUCUGCCUCAUGCAUGUGUCGCACUGGUUCCCAUCGCGCCCCCACCGACAGUCCGGAUACACCCUGCACACGUCCACCCUCGUCUCCCCGCAUCCUCGUCCCUCAGGUCAACGACACGUCUCUUACUCUGGAAUGGAGCGAACCGCUAAACAGCGGGGGCCGUUCGGAUCUCACAUACAGCGUGGUGUGUCACAUGUGUCCGAUCCUCGGAAGCCCCUGCAUGCCCUGUGGGGACGGCAUAAACUAUCGUCCGUCACAAAGCGGGAUACAAACCCGACGUGUCAGCAUUUGGGGUCUCCGACCUCACACCUCCUACAGCUUUACCGUGAUGGCCCUCAACGGGGUCUCGUCGCUGAGUCAACAAGAGCCUGCGGGGGAAACCAUCAACGUUACCACCAGCCCCAACGUUCCUGUGGUGGUGUCUGGAUUGAGAAAGAGCACAGCCACAGAAUCGAGUUUGACGCUACACUGGGCCACACCGACACAGUCGCACUAUAACGUCCUGCAAUACCAGAUACGCUACUGUGAAAAGGAACGUAACUCUGAAGAGAACUCCUGUCAUUACAUGGAGAGCGAUAUCAAUCAGGUCGUCUUGAGCAACCUGCGGAGGGCGACGCAGUACGAGGUUCAAGUCCGCGCUCGCACCUUCGCCGGCUACGGCAGCUUCGGACAAGCCGUAACCCUUCGAACGCUCCCUGACGAAGAUGCUUCCUCGUCUCCUCUGCUUGUUACCGGGGUUCUCAUAGCCAUGGGCAUGCUGCUGCUCAUCAUCGUCAUUGCUGCGGCCAUCUACUGUAUCAGGAAGCAAAAUCUCUCCAAAGAUCCAGAAAUGAGCGACAAAAAUGGCCAAUAUCACAUGGGGGGAGUGAAAGUCUACAUCGAUCCAUUUACUUACGAAGACCCUAAUGAGGCGGUGAGGGAAUUUGCUAAAGAGAUAGAUGUCUCGUUUGUCAAAAUCGAGGAAGUUAUCGGGGCAGGUGAGUUUGGCGAGGUUUGCCGGGGAAGGCUGAGGAUUCCCGGUAAGAAAGAGAACUACGUUGCCAUCAAGACCCUUAAAGGUGGAUACACUGACAAGCAAAGGCGCGACUUCCUAUCCGAAGCAUCAAUCAUGGGUCAGUUUCAGCAUCCGAACAUCAUCCACCUGGAGGGCAUUAUAACAGCCAGCUGCCCCGUUAUGAUCCUCACAGAGUUUAUGGAGAACGGAGCUCUGGAUUCCUUCCUCAGACUGAACGAUGGCCAGUUCACGCCGAUACAGCUAGUCGGUAUGCUGCGUGGUAUCGCAUCGGGUAUGAAAUAUCUGUCGGAGAUGAGCUACGUUCAUCGCGAUCUGGCGGCACGGAAUAUUCUGGUUAACAGUAACCUCGUGUGCAAGGUAUCCGAUUUCGGCCUGUCGAGAUUCCUGCAAGAGAAUUCGUCCGAUCCCACGUACACCAGCUCACUGGGUGGUAAAAUUCCAAUCCGUUGGACUGCGCCAGAGGCGAUCGCAUUUCGCAAAUUCACAUCUGCAUCGGAUGUCUGGAGUUACGGAAUUGUCAUGUGGGAAGUGAUGUCAUUUGGGGAGAGGCCAUACUGGGAUAUGAGCAACCAAGAUGUGAUUAAUGCCAUCGAGCAGGACUAUCGACUGCCUCCGCCCCCUGACUGCCCCACCUACCUGCAUCAGCUGAUGUUAGACUGCUGGCAGAAGGAGAGGACGGCACGGCCGCGUUUCGCCAACAUCGUCUCGGCGCUCGACAAGCUCAUUCGCAAUCCAGCUUCGCUUAAAAUCACCGCCCAAGAGGGGGCAGGCCCCUCUCACCCUCUGUUAGAUCAGCGCUCACCCCUGACGCCCUCAUCCUGUGGGACAGUGGGUGAUUGGCUCAGGGCCAUCAAGAUGGAGCGUUACGAGGAAAGUUUUCUUCAGGCUGGAUUCACAUCCAUGCAGCUGCUCGCCCACAUCACCACAGAGGAUCUGCUUCGUUUGGGAGUAACGCUGGCUGGCCAUCAGAAGAAGAUUCUUUCCAGCAUUGAGGCUCUCGGGAUCCGAAACAAAACUCCAGGGAACGUGCUGUACUGAGCAACCUGCGCACGCACGUGCAAACGCAUACUGAGUUUUGGUGUAAACUUCCCGUGCACAAUCAGGAACAACCGUACUUCCUUUCUUACAGGAUCACUUAAGAAUCAAACUUCCCUUAUCUGCUUCCAAAACUACCUGAAGGAAACCAGUUCGAGAGUUUGUCGGAUCACUGUAUUAGCGCUAACGUGGAUGUUACCUAAACCAUUUUGCCACUUCUGGAGCCACGUGGCAUAAUCUUAUCAGAUGAGGACUGCGAUGAUGUCACGGUACGGGAGGGGUGAUGUCACGAUGUUACAAGUAUUUCCAGAAUAUUUUUCUAAUGGAGACUUUCAUAGUGAAGAAACGAACACGACGUAAAGAAAAAAUAUCUUUAUUACAAACGAGAUUUUGGAUAUGAGUAUCAGAUUAAUAACGAUGACUUCAUCAUCCUUCGUAUUAAGGAUGUGCCAUACGUGUACUUCGAUGGACCAACUCAUGUGCACACUUACUUAUUGUGUGCCAAGGAUCAAAUAUUUUGUUUUGAAACGAUGCACUCGGUGUGUGUGAGCGUGUGAAAUAAGCACAAGAGACUUUAGCACUUUUUUAAGAGAAAGACACGAAUAAGGUGGACAAACGUGCCACAUGUGCUUAUACAGAUACACACAUACAUACACACAUUAGACCUGCAACACUUGACUGGCACUAAAAGAGACCAAAUAAAUGAGUGUCUGUUGUUUUGUGAGUGGCUGAAAAACUCCAAACGUCCUUCGACUGCGUGACUGUUUUCAUUUAUUGUUGUGCUGGUUUGAAAUUUUAGCUAAAUUAACCACAAGAAUCCAUCCUUUCAUACCACACAAGGGAUUAUGGGUAAGAGCAUUUGGUCUUCACAUUGGAGAUUCACAAGAACAAACCAGGGACUUGAUUUUUAUUCUGUUGCCUAUUUUUUUGUAUAAAAUAUAUCUUAUGUAAAAAAUCAUUUUUUUGUUAGUGUAAUCUGUGUUUCUGUUACAAUAAAAAUUUCACAUUUA